AUGCUUGAGUUUUGUUCCUGUCACAGUGCCUCAACGUGGGCCAAUACAGAGUUUCCCAACAGAGCAUAUAUUCAUCAAGCGAGCCGCUAUAGCCAAUACCCUUCAAAGUCGCCAUGCGUGAGGUACGUCCAAAGGACGGAGGUCAGAUUCUUCAAACUACGUUCCAAUUCCGACAAUGCACGUGAAAACAUGAGGCGCACGAUUUUGCCGGGGGUCCCUGCCCCACCAUUUACGUAG